UGGGAUUUUUUUUGAAGCUGUCCAGUUGUUAUCAGUUGUUCGUUUGUCGCGCUUGUCUCAACGCAGCUUCGUUUUCAGCUCAUGGGUUAUAUCUAUUACUCAGACUGAUCCGCAAAAAAAACAGAACUGAAAAACAAUUUACUUUUGGCUGGCAUUAAGAAUGAUUUCGUUCGGAAUUGCAACAAAGAUUUCAAUACUCUUACUGCUGAUCUGUGUGGCAUCUGUGCUCUGUGUGCUCUCCCUGCCGGUAUUUGAAUCCAUAUCGAGUGCCUGCAAAGGCAUUGAAGACUGCGAUCCAUUUUUGCCCGUCUGUGCGGCCCACACAAAUGAGCAUCAGUUUUUCUACAGUCACUGCGAUAUGUUGCGGGAGAUCUGUAUGACUGGAAAGGAUUGGAAAACGGACUAUCUCAGUCAUUGCAAUGUGAGCAAGCUUUGAAUGCUUUUACCAUAACUAAACCACUAGUUCCAGCAUCAUAUCAAAUUUCACAAGACUGAUACGAGUAUAUAGAUAUGUUAGAUACAUAGAUCGUAUUCAAUCUUAAGUGUUUUAGCAAGUAAAUCAAAUAAAAAUGCCCAAAGAAC